GCUGCUGCAUUACUCUUCUAUCAUCUUGCACUGAAUACUCAUGGUAUGUCCGAAGGACAGCUCUCUUGUGUGUUCUGAAUGUACCAGGUUGUCCUCAUGAAUACCUCAGUGGAGAAUGUCCAUGAUCUUCUUUGCCUGUGUGGUGCGAGUGAGGGACGGACUUCCCCUCUCAGCCUCCACAGAUUUUCAUUUCAACCAGGACUUUCUGGAAUGCAGAAAGAGAUUAAAGGCGUUAUCCUCAAUUCUGGCGCAGUAUCCAAGUCGAGGCACGGCAAAAGGACGUGACCUUAGCAUACAUUUCCUUUCCUCUGGGGAUAUUGCCUGCAUGGCAAUCUGUUCCAGCAAUUACUCAACCAUCAUGGCGUUUUGCUUCCUGGAAGAGCUCCAGUGGGAGUUUGCUGCUUCUUAUGAUACAACAAGCAUCAGUUUAGCUUCCAGACCGUAUGCUUUUCUUGAAUUUGAUAACAUUAUUCAGAAAGUGAAAUGCCAUUUUAACUGUGCAAGUGGCUCUCGGACGAAGGCCAACUGGGAGAAGAUUGAGGAGGAGCUGAAGUUCUGGCCCCCAGUUCAGCUGAAACUGGAGGAUACGGAGCUGAUGAAUGGGAUGACUAAUGGCGGGCAUGCAGGCGUUCAUGUGGAGGUUGUCCCCACUUACAGAAUGCAGCGUGUGACUCCCCUGGGGAUUCUGUCGCUUGUUCUGAACAUCAUGUGUGGAGCUUUGAAUCUCAUUCGAGGAGUUCACCUAGCAGAGUAUUCAUUUCAGGAGGACCAUGAAGGAAUUGGAAAUGUGAUAGCUUUUUUUCUACCUUUCCUAGCCUGCGUUUUUCAGUGUUACUUGUACCUCUUCUACAGCUCGGCAAGGAAGGUGAAGACGUUUGUACUCUUUUUCUCUGUUUGUUUAUGCAACAUUUACUUGUACGGAUUACGGAACCUCUGGCAAAUAGCCUUUCACAUAGGAGUGGCAUCUCUUUCUUCUUAUCAGAUACUGACAAGGCAACUUAUGGAGAAACAGCCUGACUGCGGAGUAUGAAAAAGGCUUUGGGUUUGCUACUCAUAUUUUUACAACUUUUUUUUUUUUUUGUAUUAAACUGGCCAAAAAUAGCUUGGAAUAUUUUUAAAGAUUUGUGACCUUGGUUAUUGCAAGGAGGAUAUUUCGAAGCAACUUGGAAUGAAGUAGGAUACCGUAAUCAUGUCAAACAUACUGUGAGGAACAUAGCUGUAUUUAACAUGGCAUGUGGUAAUGGUGCAUGGUAGAUUUUGUCAGGUGUCAUCAACAGAUGGAGGUUCUCCUUAUCACAAACAGGCUUCUACUCCUUGACUAACACCAUCGAGACAGCAUUUUGCCAUUUAUCUUACGGGCUUUGUAACAGUUUGGCAGGUCAGUGUCUUGCCCUGCCGAUGCUUCCAAAAAUAUUAAAAUUGUGUAGUAAAAUGAAGGUAAAGUGGUGGGUAACAUUUUUGUCUAUAGAAUUUGUUAAGCAUUAAGAUUCCUGGUAAAUGUAAGUAAAGGAGUUGUUUGCCAUAAUUAGAUGAGUUCAAUAUCAGUGGGGAAAAUUAUUAGGAUGAGCUUCCGGGUAAUUUUUCUAUGUUUUGAAGGAAAGGAAAAGGCUGUGGCUCUUUAAAAAUAACAGCUAUAAAUAUCUCCUAGCUAAACAGCGCAUCGUAGUUAAGUAUGUGCUCAUUGGUUAAUUGCAAAUAUGCUUGGGGCAGCAUAAAAUAAAGCAAGUGAACAUAAGUGAUCUUUCAGCUCAAGUGGCCUUUAUUUCCUUGGUUAAGGUCACUCUUAGUAUAAGGGCAAUUCUGUGUUUGUGUGGUCUGUACGGAUAAUAAAUCUUCCAAGGCUACUUAUGACAGGCCACUGACUCCUUCACCUUUUUAAAAAAAAAAAAAACAAAACAAAAACGUAUAGCUGGUGAGUAGAAAGCCAUUUCCAGUAAUGGAAAGCAAGAGCAGGUUCUCUUUAUUAUAUAAAACACCUUUAGUUAAUGGUGUUGAGUUCUUACACUAAGAUGAAUUUCUGAGUGUGCACUUUUGAAUAUAGUACUUAAGAGCUGAAAUUCUUAACCUCUGCUGCACUGGGUGUUCUUGUGUGUAAUGUAUUGAGGUGCAUAUGGGCAUUUUUAGGACAUAAAUGAAUAACUUAGGCUGUCUGUUUAAAAAAAAAUGCGUAGCAUUUUGAUGCAGCUGUCCUUGAAGGGUUGUAGAGACUCAGACUGAGAAGAUGUAGAGAGCUGUAGGUGUGUUGUCGUGGAAGUGUGGUCCUAGGUUUUCUUUCAUUUUUUUUAAGAAACUGGUUUCUGGUCGACCCAUUUCUUCCACCAGAUAUCUCUCACCAAAGAUUUAUUUUCCUCUCACAUAGGCUUUACCUCUAAUGGUUGCAAAGGGAUUAACAUGCUGCAGAGUUGUCUUCCUGAGUUUGCAGAAAUGCUUAACAAAAUUGCUUUCUUGCAUCUCGGUGAAUUUUCCUGAAAUCUUUUGAUGCAAACACGAGUAUCAGUAGACUGCUAGACCAGAUACCUGUGGUGCUGUACCUUGGAAGCGCUUCUGCGAUGCAGCUGACUGCACCAACACCACUGAUAGGCAGCCCAUUACAACCUGGACAGUUUCUAGGACAUCAAGGGACUUGGUGCCAGAGCUUCUUCCAGUAGUAAAAUGUAGGUAUUUCUCUUCCAUCCCAUGUUAGCCCAUUUACUGUAACAGUAACGUAAUGAAAUCCUUUCAGCUGUGAGGAAUAGUCUAGUAGGAAUGGUGGAGAAGUAUUUUAGCCAGCCAGUUCAGAGCUAGAACUGUGUGCCAUAAGGGAAUACUCUUCUAAGGGAGUGGAUUAAAAUUGCUUGUCUGUCAUUACCCCAGUUUUCUGCCAGAGUGUAAGUGGAGAAAUGAAGCCAGAAUUCAGCCAUUGUCCUCAAGACACCCAGGUGACCCCACAGGUGGGAGGGUUUUAGAACUGACAAGAUUUAAGUUUUCAUGUUGUUUAGUCCCAGCUUUACUUGGUAAGGUACUCUUAAGAGACUGCAGGGAGCUAAGCCACGAGUUUGGAUUACAAGUUUAAAAAAAACCCAAAACCACACACA